AUGUUGAUCCUAUCACUGCUGUGUGUAGUUGGUGUGGUCACAUCGAGUACGGAAUGUAUUUGGGCCGUAGGAAAACUUGUAUGUAAUAAGAAUCAGACGCGAGUGCUGAACUCGGUCGUCGAGGUAUGGGACAAGGAUGGACCGAGAAGCAUCAAAAUCAUAGAUAUACUAGAUCCAGAUGAUAAGGCUGGAUUGACUGUGGUAGAUGAUGAGAACGGCAUAUUCAAAGUAGAAGGCUGUGCAGCAGAUUUCGAUUGGCUAGGACCGAUUCAUUUGAAUCGACCGGAGUUCUACUUGAAAGUCAGGCAUACAUGCAACUCGGAUAACAUGGAAGAAAUUUCUGUCUUUCCGCCACGAAUGAAGGUGUUUGCUCCAAACACGAUGGACUAUUUUCUUGAGAAUCCGAUAGUUCUUGAUUCGGAUUGA